AUGACUACAUGUUUAACUUCACUUUAUAGAAUAAUUUUUACUUCUUUUUCUUUUGCACUUUGUCUGGGACAUUCAGAAGCUCUUCAUAACAAUCAAUCUUUAAAAGCACCUGCGGAGCAUUUCUUUUAUCAAUUAAAUUCUUAUCAAUUUGAAUUAAAACUUUUUGAUGUUCAACAAGGGUAA